AGCUCCCGCUAUCCACCGGCAAGUCAUGUUACCAUAGUGAUGCACGGGCUUGACUGGGAGCGUACACUUGUUCGUUUGCAGGCUCACGCACGCGGGCAUUUGGUGAGAGCUGAGCUGCGUCAUGCACGGGUGGACUUUGAGGAGGUCGUGAAAGAGAUAGAUGGCACUUUAGCCCACUUGGGGUGGAGGGAUGCCAUCAUCCCCACCCCCUACUUCACAGGCACGGAUGAGCCCCUCCCCAGGAAAGUUCCAGGAUCAGCUGUUGGAGCCCGCUCGCAGAAUCUAGGAGCGGGAGACGUAGUGCCGUUGUCUGAAGCGAGUAGUCAUCGUCUGCAGGCAACGGAAGUGCAGAAAUACGACUCAGGGGUUAAACAACAAACUGAGGGGUGUUUACAAAGCAGCCAUGUUCUUGAGGCAGGUCCGUACAUGAACUCUGAGGAGGUCCCGGAGAGCACAUUGGACUCCACCUCCAUCUGGAGUAGCAUGGAUAGUCUUCCUCUUAAAGGUUCGCCACGGGACCGCUUGGCCCAGGUGGUGCCUGCUACUCCGGAGACCCUGCGUUGCCAUAGAGACGCCCUGACCAUGGAGCUGCUGUGGCUGCAGCAGGCCAUUGACAGCAGGAAAAAGUACUUGACUCUGAAGGACAAACUGAGCAUGCACUGAAGUGGACCUGCAUAUUAAUACGCCGUCAAUGAAUUGUCGACGCAAUUCUUAAACUGAAAGGCCAAUUGUAUAUUUUGCAUUGUUUUGUAAAAGAGUGAAUAAACAUAUUUUCUUAC